GACCCGGAACAAACCAGCGGCUGUAGGCUGUUCUGUAACCAGUAUAUGCUUCACUCUAUUUUCCGAGAAUCGCCGAUUUAGGGUUCUUGUGUGUUGUGAGUUUCACUCUCUUCACGCUGAAAGAGGAAUAAAGAGAUCGUGAGAAAGAGUCACCGUCCAGAUUUUCGAGGUUUCUUCUCUUUGGAGUCUCCGGCGGCUGCACGAUGGUGGUGGAACCGAACCCCGCGGAGCAAAGCACCGUGGAAACGACGAUGGAUGACGUCGAGGCUCUAGUUGAUGCUGCUAGAUACAAUGAUAUCAAUGAUGUAACUAGUCUUGCUUCUGCGGGAAUUUCUCUUGAUUCCAAGGAUUCCGAGGGUCGAAGCGCCCUACACAUGGCUGCUGCCAAUGGCCAUCUUUCAAUUGUAGAGUUUCUUAUAAAUAAAGGAGUGGCAGUGAAUGCUUUGAAUACAGAAAAGAAUACACCAUUGCAUUGGGCAUGUCUAAAUGGUCAUAUUGAGGUGGUGAAGAAGUUGAUAUUGGCAGGAGCAAAUGUGAGCCUAUUGAACAGCCACGAGAGAACUCCCAUGGAUGAAGCUCUGACUCGAGGGAAAAUGGAUGUCAUUGAUGCGAUCAACAUCGCUGCGGCACAAGUCGAACUCACUGGGAUCAGCGUUUUGAGUUUGGAAACACAGUAGAGGGAAAUUAAAAUUUUUGAUCUGUUUGCUUUAAUAUAUUGGUGGAGAAAUUCUCAGUUGUAAAAGAAUCAGAGUAAAAGUAAAGACAGCUCAAUAAGAUUAGAAGUAUGCGUCGAUCUCGUUUGGACAUCCCCAAGCAUGAGCUCUAUUUUAGAGUUCCAAAUGACUAAAAACAUAAUUAUAUAUUCA